AUGGAUCGCUUCUUUCUGCGAACAAGUAUUAUCGAGAAAGGUGCCGGUCUCUCACCUACCGGGGUUGCACCAUGGGCUGAUUCAAAGCAACGCAUUGGUUUUAUCAAAUUACGACUCGAGCCUCCUGUACAUUUUCAGAGUUGGCGUGAUGUUAUCGAUGUAUUCAUGAAUCACGAGUUUUUACGGGUGAUAUUGGCUAUUGCUUGGAUCAUUGCCUGUGGGCUCAUUGAAUCGUUCCUGGCACAACUAAGUGAUAUGCGUUUUGCUGAUAUCAACUUUGACAAGCAUACCUUGAGAGAUCUAUUACAUGACGCAUUCCCGAGAAUCGAAAACUAUCAGAUCGUCAACUAUUUGCUUCUCACUAUCGUUUUAUGCACGUUGUUGGGGUUCCUUUUGCAGUCACCAGAUUGGACGAUGAGAUGGAUCGUAUUAAGGCGAUGGCUGGUGAUCAUGGGAUUCAUUUACAUCUUUCGCGGCAUUUGUUUGGUGGCAACUACCCUGCCCUCUUCACGCAUGAAUGAUUGUCAACCACCCGAGGUAGCUCUCCAUGGGUCAGCAGCCGAAAGAUUUGCAUUCCUUUUCAAUCAAAUCGUUGGUGGUAUCAGCCCGUGCACGGACAACAUAUUUUCAGGUCACACCUCGACCAUGAUGUCGUGUGUUAUGGUGUGGCGUAUUCAUUCACGUUUAACAAGGCCUUUCACUUGGUUUAUUUAUCUCCUUUUCAUCGCUGCGGUGCUUAUCAUCCUUUUCACCCGAUUCCAUUACACGGUGGACGUAAUUUUGGCUAUCUACAUUAGCUAUUCGGCUUGGUACAUUUAUAUGAAUUGCAUCCAGGAGGCAGUACAAAGGGCUGUGUUUGGGUUUCAACAUCAUUCAACUUUGGAUCUUUUUCGUUCUCAAUUCAACUCGUUUGAUGCGUCAGCUAUCUACGCUUAUUUAACUUGGCAGCCAAACCCUAUUCCUUCAGCAUGGCUCAUUCACUUGAUCAGUUACUGUGAUGGUUUGGACAUUCGCUUACGUGCUCUCGGGAUAUUGGAUGAACAUGGCAACCCGCGUCGUGAAUCAUUACAACUUGUGGAUGUACAUCAAAUGACGACCGCUGCGAAUAUAAAUGGAGGAAUGGAACCUCACCAACAGCCCAUGCAGUCGUUGCCUGUGUAA